CAGUGGGCAUUUUCCUGUCUAUAAAAUUCACAAUAAAAUACUUCAUCAACCUCUUUACUUUCUCAUCUCAUCUUGAUUUCCCUUUUAGCUUUUAACGAACUCCUUUCUUUCUCUAGAUCUCUCGUCCUUCCAUCUCUGGUUUUCUUUUUAUCUUACAUUAAUAUAAUCAAUAUCUCAUAGUUCUUUCCUUGUUGUUCCUCUUAUUUGUGUGUUUUUGAAUGCUCAUCAACAUCUUGUCCCUGAUGUUUGAGGACUCAUGUCUCCCGUACUCAGUGAAAUCCUCCUUUCUGGGUUUAUGAUAAACUCUACUCUGAGGCGCAGGACCCAUCUUGUUCAAUCUUUCUCUGUUGUUUUCCUUUACUGGUUCUACGUUUUUUCAUGAACUCUCUCUCUCUCUCUCUCUCUCUCUCUUUCUUAUUGUAACCCCAUAGCCCGCUCUUAUUUUCUUCAGCUUUUCUUCACCAUUUUUCAUAAAUAAUUCCAUAUCUGAGUUUCUUUGCAUAAUAAAAUUUCUGGGUUCUGAGGCCAGUUAUUGUUUCUUCUGUUUUUUUUUUGUUAUAAUUUUUGUUGUUACUUAUGGCUACUUCAAGCAGUGGAGCAUCCUCAGGUUCAAGCACGCUGAGAAGCUCGAGUUCAUCGGAGGAUUUUCAGCCGAUUUUGGAUGAAAGGAAGCGCAAGAGAAUGCUAUCCAAUAGGGAAUCUGCACGUCGCUCUCGGAUGCGUAAACAGAAGCACCUGGAUGAUCUGAUGGCCCAAGUUUCUGAUCUCACCAACCACAAUAACCAGAUCCUCACAAGCAUCAAUGUCACCACGCAGCUUUACUCCAACGUUGAGGCUGAGAACUUGGUUCUUAGAGCUCAGAUGACUGAGCUCAGCAACAGGUUGCAAUCUCUCAAUGAAAUCAUUCAUUUCAUAAACUCCAGCAAUGGGGUUCUCCAAAAUGACACUAACUUUGACCAGCCGGCCUACUGUCAUCCUCAUCAUCAGCUCAAUGAUGAUAGUUUAAUGAAUCCAUGGAAUUUUUCCACAACCAAUCAACCCUUUAUGCCUUCUGCUGACAUGAUGAUGUAUUGAUUGAUUAAUCAGGUCUUUGCAGUGUACCCUGGCUUUCUGGUUGCUCAUUAAUGUUGCUCUUUUUAUCUUUUACUGGUGUUUUCAAAUGCCCCCGAGUUUUUUUCUUUUAUUUCCCUCGUUUUACUUGUAUUAUUUAUGUUGUAUUUAGAAAUUCAAAUUGCAAUGCAGAUGCAUUUUCAGUUA